AUGUCCGAAAAGACCAUCGAGCUACGGCAAAAGCUGGCAGAUGGAAAGGCGAAGGUGCAGAAAGAGCGAGAUCAGGGUCAGCUCCGGCGAGAAGAAGUAUCGGCCUGUGACAAGAGAUUGUCGUCGCUGAAAGACAACACUCAGGAGCUGAGGCGUUCUCUCGGCGAGGAGCGAGAUUCAGCCCAAAAGACUGAGACGAGGCUUCGCGAGCAGGUUGGCCGGAAGACUCGGUACGAACAGGAGCUGUCGUCGCUGAGGGACCAGCUGGACAAGCUGCGAAAGGAAGGCAUGGAGUUGCAGGAGCAAAACCAGGAAAAGGUAAAGGAGGUGAAACAGCUCCAAGAAAGGCUCUUAUGCGAGCAAGAAAAGCAUCGCAGCGAACUUCAAGCAGCGGAGACCUGCAGAGCUCAUACGAAGCGCCUGGAGGCUGAGCUGACUGGCGCAGAGGGCGCCAAGGCUGAUGUGGAGCUGGAGCUCGCAAACUUGAGGAAGCUUGCUGCAGCCUCGGGAGCUUCAUCACCACGUACUUUCAUUGCACCCUGA